AAAGCGGGCAUCGGUGUGUGGAGGAAUCAUGAGGGGGAGGUUACCAUAGAGUUUCCGUUGUAGGACUUCCGUUUCCGGACAGCUGGCCCUUCUACUUCCGGGAUUGGGCGAGAUGGAGUCGGUGCUGAGCGAAGUUGUGGCGCUGGAGGACCUGCAGAGAUUUGAAAAGAAGUAUAAUGCUGAGUUGAAAGCAGGCAGUGUCUCCAAAGGAACCAAGUUUGAGUAUGCCUGGUGCCUGGUCCGUAGUAAAUACAAUGAAGACAUCAAGAAAGGUGUUGUACUCCUGGAAGAUCUGUUGCCCAAAGGGACCAAAGAAGAGCAGCGUGACUAUGUCUUCUAUUUGGCAGUGGCCAAUUACCGGCUGAAGGAAUAUGAGAAAGCGUUGAAGUACAUCCGGGGUCUGCUGAAGACAGAGCCGGGUAACACACAGGCCUUGGAGUUGGAGAAGCUUAUCAACAAGGCCAUGCAGAAAGAUGGCUUGGUUGGCAUGGCGAUUGUCGGUGGUGUGGCCCUGGGUGCAGCCGGCCUGGCUGGCCUAAUUGGCUUGGCCAUCUCGAAAGCGAAACCGUAACAAGCGUUGGAGAAGCUUGAAGGGUGAUUAAAAAUGCUCACUCAAAACAUGCUAACCUGACUGAUUCCUGGACUCCUGUUCUCCUCAUGACUGAUUGGCUGCCACACUCAAGUGGUCAAGAUGGCAGAUCAGCUCUAUAGCCCAGUAGAAGACUGACCAGUAGCAAUAUGGGUGUUUGUAUGUGUGUGGUGUUGGUGGUGGAGUUGGGGUUGCCUUUAGGUCUUAGAACCUGAGUCUCCUACCCAGUAACCCAAAUGUUUGGCCCGCAACCUAUCCUUUGCCACUUGGACAUGGGCACAAAAAGGCACAUGGUUUCUCCUUUUCCUCCAUUACCUUCACUUGCCCUUUUUUGUUUUUCUCACUUGAAACUAAGGCUGCCAAACUGUUGGGAAGUGGAUGCAUUUGGAGAAGACUAAAAUAAGACAGGUCUUUUCAAAGAAGCCCUGGUCUGUAGAGUGGGGCUUGAAGGGCCUUGAGAAAGCCAAGUCCCUGUCCUCCAUUUCCUCAUUUGUGAUCUUUCCUUUUCUGACAAAUACUCUCUCUCACAUGCACAGAUGUACCUCCUCUUUCAUGCCCUCUGCCUCAGCUAACCUCCACAUGCCGGGGGGAAAGCAUGUAUUACACUAAUGUUUGUAUACCCUCACAACCCUCUUGGAACUUAACAUUGUCCCUUGGUCCCUUAGAGUCUUCCUCCUUGUAACUUGCUAUGCAUACUUUACUUCAGCCGUUCCACCCACUUUUAAAAAAAUUUGGUGGAGCUGGAAGACCGAGAGGGAUGCCGACACAAGGAUGAGUUGCAUCUGCCUUGUCUUAACAAUGGAUGUGUAAGGAGGACAGAGGGAGGACCAGAAGCUGAAGAUGCCUUAUAUUGUAUUUCAUCUGCUCCUGAGUUGAUGUCACAGUGUUGUGACAGACGUUCACAGUAUUGGAAGCAUCACUUUCCUCCUCCUCGGCUAAUUUAAUUUCUCUGCUCCUCUAACAGGUGCUUUAAUAUCUUUCUUCUAGCCUCUUGCUGGUAUGAGGCAGGAAUGUGAAUAAAUAUUAUAGAUGUACCUGGGAA